AGGCGGCGGCAGCUCCCGCCGGAGGCCGCCAGCCCCCUCCAGCCGAGCUUGCGGCGCCGGGAAGGAUCUCCCGCCCGCCGCCAUGAAGGUGGCGGAGCCGGGUCCGGGUCCGGGUGCCCUCCCGGCCAGGCUGUGCCGCGCCCCGCCGCCCUCCAGCCCGCGCCCCAAGUCCGGCGGGGGCCGCGCAGCGGGCAAAGGCGGCCGCCCCCCGCGCCCGGCUCCAGGCGCGGCUGACAAGGAGCCCGGGGGGCGAGCGGGCGCCAAGGGGUUGCUCAUCACCCUGCCCGACAUCGGGGAGGAGGCGGCGGCAGAGGGCGAGGAGGCGGCCGGCAUCCCGCGGCGCCCCGCGAAGGGACUGUCCAGAGGUUCCAGAAGUCGGUGUAUCUCUGGAAAAAGUGGAGAGUCUCUUCCAUCAGUUUUUGCCAAAAAUGUGCAGGAAGCCAUCGACAAUUAUACUUGUGAAACACUUUCAUCACUUUCAUCUAGUGGCUGUACAACACCCACGGAGUUGAAUAAUUCUUGGUCUGGAAUAAACAGCUAUACUACUGGUUUGUCUACUGAAAGCAGUUCGGUUUUCUCCUGGAGGGAUGAUGAAUUUGAUAAAGCCAACACACAAAGAGUACAUCAGUUAUUUUUGGAGAUUGAUGAAAUGCUGUUUGAAGGAAAAGUGACCACCCAAACGCAGAGCUUGCAGGUCGAAUGUGCCGAUUGGGUUGAACAAUUUCCUCACCUAAGGGUUCUAGGAAAGCAGCUUCUAGUGCCAAAGGAUGAAGGCUUUCAGCAUUUUCAGAGCAGAAAUGAUACCUAUGUGGAUACUAAGUGUCUGCCUGGCCUCUGUGAAUAUACUAGUAAUACAAAAGAGCUCUGCAUUUCGGGCUCUAAACUGAUCCCAACAGCAUCUCCAAUACAUAAAUCACUGGAUUCAAGUUCCACUAGGAUUUCUGACUCAGCCAUGUAUUCCUUCCUGGAAGAAGAAAUCUAUGAUAUGGAUGGAAAAAUAGAAGAAUAUCUUGCCUUUGACAGCAAGGAACUCGAUGAUGAGAGUUGGGAACAAAAGAAGUUGUGUCUCUCUGAGAAGAGGAGUAAGCGUGGCAUUCCCCCUGUCUCUCCCAAUGCCUGUAUCAAAGAUGCUGUGGCUUCUGAAGUGUUUGAUCAUGUUUGGAGCACUGUCAUUGGAAUAUUGGAGGAACUGAUUAAAAAAAAUUGGGAAACUAGUAUCCCAGAGUGUGAAAAAAAAUUGGAAAAACUGAAAGCUGUUACAGCAAAACUGCCACAUUUGCCAGCCAUUCAUAUUAUAACAGAUACUGGGAGCAUUCCUCUUUCCAGAGGCUCUGAAGCACGAAGUGUAUCUUUUGGGCCUCAUUCUGUGUCAUCACAGGUUCAGCGUUUCUCCAGCCACUUCUGUAGUGAUUUGAAUGGUGUGAUGACAAUUCAAGCAAAACCACUCCAACAGAGGCAUGUUACCAGAGUAGAAAAAAUACAGAAUGAACAAGAAGACAAACAGCAGAGCACUGCCUCCACUGCUCCAAAUUCAGCACUUGCUAGGCUGGGGAGAAUUUCUGAUAAUAGUAUUCUGUCAUCAUCUCAGGCACUGCUGGCAUCUUCUAGGAAACUACCAAACCAUCGGAGGUUACCUUCUCUCACCUCUGACCAGCUCUGCUCAAAAGUUCCUAAUAUGUACAAUGAGGAAAUCCUAAGACAGACGAAAUUGGUUGCCAGCUCAGAUCGUUUGUCUUCUGCUCAUGCACCUGCAACACGGAACAAAUUACCACCAAUAAAUUCUGAUGCUCUUGAACAAUAUCUUUCAGUACCUCGACCUCAACAGAGCUCUAGAGACACAUCUCAGAAGAGAUCACUGACUCCCAUGGAUAUUGCUAACCACAGAGGGAUGGGUCAAGGAUUUUUGACAACAGGCUCACAGCAUCACUACAGAUCUGUUCAGAGAAAUUCUUCAACCUCAAGAAAGAGAUUUCAAAUUGCUUCUUAACCCAUUUUAGAAAGAAGCAGAAACUCUCUUCACUGAAUGACUGAGUGAAGCACUGAAUUUGCCACCUAGUAUCUGUGUGUAAUAAAGAAGGUGUGCAGUGUGCUGGUGCUUACUGAGCCUUGUGAUCUUCAGGAUGUCUGCAUUGCCUUCUUUUAAAAUUGUCCGACCAGAGGUUAGAUUAAAAAUUAGAGCAAAAUGAAAUAAAUGGUUGAGGUGUCUGCUCUGUUUGCAGC